GUCACAGCGGCAUGGGCAUGCCAUACUAGGCAUGCCUAGGCAUGCCUUUUGUCCAUUUGGCAUGCUUUUUUACUAAUUUUUUAUAUAAAUAAUAAAAUUUAUAUAAAUAUUAUAUCUUAUAAAUAUUAAAAAUUUUAAAUAUAAUCCAACUCCAUAGUUAAAUAUUAGAUAAACUAUUAAUAUAAGUUAGUACUGUACUAAGUUCUGUUCUUAAUAUUUACUAAAUUUUGUUAUAUUUGUAAGUGCACUUUAGUAUCAAUCCUGUAAUGAUGCAGUAGUUUUUGCUAUAUUUAAUGGAAAAUGGCAUGCCAUUUGGGCAUGCUUUUUUGUAAAAUACAUGCCUAUAGGCAUGCCAGUGAAAACUGCCGUCACAUGUACCCUAACCAACACACACUACCCUUUCUGCAAAACCCUGAUCGGCAAACUACUUACUUAUGAUCACACACAUGAUUGAAAUUUUUUGGGGAAGAGUUUGAGGAUUAUAUUAUAAUAUUAUAUAGUUUAUUUGUGCAAAUCUCAAAAAGAUUGCAACUUUUUCUUCAUUGGUGUGUGCUUGUUGAUCAUAUAUUGCUUUUACAGCUUUUUCUCAAAAACCUACAAAUGCUUUAAGAAAAUAUGAUGUUUUUUCAAUUUCGAAGAUUUGGGUUUUUUAAGAUUUUUAGUAUAGACUUGAAAAAUACUAAAUUUGCUUCAAGGGUAUGUGAUUGUUUCCCAGAAAUUGAUGGUUUAGUUCAAGUUUCAAGCUUUUAUCUGAACUGGGUGUUCCGAUUUCCGGGGUUUUAUGGUGAAGAUUGUUGUGAUAGAGUGAGUUUUGCUGCUGCUUCUUCGGCGGUGUUGGUUGAUGAUAAUGUGUUUGACUGUAUGCCUGUUAGAGGAAGCUUCGUAGGGAAAAUAUUGAGUGAUGAUAAUGUGGUUGAUUCUAGGCUUGGUGGCGGUGAUGAUGUGUUAGGAGAGAUAGUUGUUCCGGGGAAACGGGUGAUUAGGCCUGGAGGUUUGAAGUUAUUUGUCAUGGUUAGUAGAGUUAUUAAAACUUUGAGUUGGCAUGCAGCGAGACGUGUUAUUUUUGAGAAGGCUGUUGAGAAAUAUGGUUUUACGAAAUCAAUUGAUAGCUUUAGGAUAAUUGUACAUGUUUAUGCUGUCGCACAUAUGGAAAGCGAGGUUUCUGCAUUGCUUAGAGAUAUUCUUGAGUACUACCAGAGCUCUAAUCGUGAUUUGUUCAGUUUGUACACCGAUAUAGUGGCUUCAUGUAGCACAACUUCAAGCUCAGAUAUUUUGGUUGAUACACUUAUGAAGGUUGUUGCUUCAAAUAAGAUGCUUGAUCAUGCAAUCAAUGUCUUUGUGCAGAGUAAGAUGCUGGGUGUUACACCAAGCAUUAAAUCUUGCAAUUUCCUGUUGAAGUGUUUGGGAGAGGCAAACAAAGGAGAAAAUCUGCUGAAUAUGUUUGACAAAAUACAGAAGUUUGGACCUGCACCUAAUGCCUAUACCUAUACCAUUGUACUGAAUUUUUACUGUAAAGGACAAGCAGUAGAUAUUGGGAAAGCCAUUUGUAUUUUUAAAGAAAUGGAGAAGAAAGGAGUUGAACCGACUGUUGUGACAUACAGCACAUUAAUAUCGGGACUAUGUGAAGCUGGACGUCUGGAAGAUGCAAUAGAAUUUAUCAACGAUAUGAGAUGUACAAAACAGCCUCUCAAUAGUUACUGCUAUAAUCAUGUUAUGCGUGGGUUUUGCCUGAAAGGUGAACCUCAUGAAGCUUUGAGUAUUUUGGAAGACAUGAAGAGCUAUGGAGUUGCACCAGAUAUGUAUAGUUAUGGCGUUUUAAUAAAUGGGUUCUGCAGAAUCGGAAAUCUUGAAAAAGGUCUUGAUUUGAUUGCGGAAAUGGAAUCUAAUAACCUUAAGCCUUCGCUUGCCUGCUACGGUCCACUGCUGAAAGGUAUUAGUGACGAUGGACUGAUUGACAUUUCACUGGAUGUGUAUAACAACCUUAAAAAUUUUGGUUACCAAUGUGACCAGCAUGUUUAUAAUAUCAUGAUUCGUGGAUGUUGUUUGCAGGCUGAUUUUAAAUCUGCCUGUCAAAUUUUAGAGGAGAUGAUCAGCAAUACUACAACUCCUGAUGCUUUAAACUGUAGAAAUCUCAUUCCUUGUUUUAGUAAGAUGGGUUUUGUGGAUAAAGCCAGAGAGUAUUACAAUAUUUUGUUAGAAAGGGAUAUUUUACCAGAUUUGCGGUCGUGCAAUUCUAUAGUUCAAGCAUACUGUUAUCAAGGGCGUGUUGGAGAAGCUUUGCAGUUUAUGGGAGAGAUGUGUGAAUGUGGCAUUGCUCCGAAUUGUUAUACCUACAAUGCAGUCAUUAACAGGCUUUGCAAAGAAGGACAUCCGAAAAGAGCGUUGGAGCUUUUCCCUGUGAUGCUAAAGGUGAAUGUUUAUCCUAAUGUUCAAAUCUAUAGUACCCUUUUGGAUGGUUUCACUAAACAGAAAAAUUUUAAAAAACCUUUUGCGCUAUAUGCAAAAAUGUUAAUAGCUGGCGUUACUCCUGACAGAAUUACAUAUACAAUUCUAAUCAACGCAUUCUGUCAGAGGCAGAAAAUGCACAAAGCCUGUAUUUUGAUGAAUGAAAUGAUGAGAAAAGGUUUCAUUCCGGAUCUUAAGUCUUACACAUCAGUUAUAUCUGGGUUUUGCAAAACUGGAAACAUGAAGAAGGCAUGGGAAGUGUAUAAUAAAAUGCUACAAAGAGGUAUCUUGCCUUCUGUUGUUACUUAUACAUGUCUAAUUCAAGGAUAUUGCAAGGUGAACCGUAUGGAUAUUGUCGGCCUGUUGCUAGAUGAAAUGAGGGAAAAGAAUAUCUCCCUUGAUACAAUCACUUAUCGUAUUCUAAUUUCUGCCCACCGUAGGUUGGGACAUCUGGAUAGAGCUUAUGAGUUGUUCAGUGAAAUGGGGAAGGAGGGUGUCCUCCCAGACUUUAGUAUCUAUAAGAUGCUCGACUUAGAUACAUAUAAUGUGGUUAGCAAAUGUGAGACGGAUAAUGAAUUUGUUAACAAUGACCAGGUAUGCAAGUGAACCAUUUUCCCUUUAUAUGCUGGGAAUAUGUGUUUUUCAUUCCAAGUGAUGUGUAUGCUUUAUACUUUCCUACUGACCAGAUUGCAUAUAAAUGCAUCGUCUUCAACACGUAUCAGUUCCUCUACACAUCUAUUAAAAUUAUAAAGCCUACUGCAUAAAUGGGUAUGAAAAGGCUUUGUCCCUCUGUAUUCUGUGUACAUUCAGUACAUUGCCACUCUAUACAAGCGUAUUAUACCGUAUAAACACGUGGCUAUCUCUAAGACACACAAUCUGUCAUGUAUGUACACAGCUCAUGUACACACAGCAGUACCUCCUUCCAAUAUUCAAAAUCACUGUGCCCUAACCUCUCCCGCCUCAGAUCCAAUUUUUGUCGCCCCCUUUUCACGAGAUUAGAUCCAAUUAUUUGGGAGCUGUUUUUCAUUUUCUUCUUCUCCGACUAUCUGUUCUAUGGAAGAGUUUAAUGAUGUUCGGCUUCCAGACAAAGAUCCUCUCUUAAAUUCCUCCUCGCCUAACAACUGCUCCCCGUUUAAUGUCUUUGAUUAUGAUACAUGGUUGAGGAGGGAGCGGAUUAGAAACCACGAAUCAACUUUUGGAGAUGCCCAGUUUGAUUAUGAUACAUGGUUGAGGAGGGAGCGGAUUAGAAACCACGAAUCAACUUUUGGAGAUACCCAGUGUACAUGUUUUUAUCUUUGUUUCAUUUUUUGUGAAUUUGUUUCAUAAAAUGUGUUCUUCUUUUUAUUGUGAAUUUCUUAGAUAAAAUGUGUUCUUUUCAUCAGUGUAAAUGUGUUAGAUAAAAUGUUUUCCGAGGUUAUGCUUCUAAACAAUGUUGCCUUCAGUUUCACACAUUGAUCAUCUUGGUCCAGCGGAACAAAGCAGCCCGAAAAUGUGUUGGGUGACAAAGUACCCCCAAAAAA